UAAGCUAACGUCAGACAACAAAAACAAGACAUUUUAUAACUAUUGUCCUUAAAUUAUAUUUCAACAUAGUCACUAUCGCCAGAGAGGGAUAAAAGGAUAACUUAUCUGACGCUGCCUGUACAAUGUUAGAACCUGUGAUGCAUAUUCUCAAACAAAAAAAUAUUAUACUGGCCAGUGGGUCUCCAAGGAGAAAAGAACUAAUUGAAAACAUUGGCCUUAAAGUCAGUUUGUGUCCAUCACUUUUUGAGGAAAAUUUGGACCCGAAAAGCUUUGCCACUUUUUCAGAGUUUGUUGAGGAAACGGCCUUGCAGAAAGUGCUUGAAGUUGACGAUAGACUGAAUAAUCAGUCUCACAAACCUGAUGUCGUUAUUGGUGCUGAUACGAUGGUCACCUUAGAUGGUGAAAUGUUUGGUAAACCAACAUCAGAGCGGGAAGCAUUUCAGAUGUUAAAACGACUAUCUGGUAGAACACACACUGUUUACACUGGAGUUGUUGUUAAAUCUUUUGACGAAAUAGUUAAAUUUACUGAAAAGACCAAUGUUGUGUUUGGAGAAAUUGAUGAUGAGCAGAUACAAGGCUACAUAGCUACAGGAGAACCUAUGGACAAAGCAGGUGGUUACGGAAUACAAGGAGUUGGAGGGACAUUUGUUGAGAGAGUGGAAGGAGAUUAUUUCACAGUUGUAGGACUGCCGCUGUAUAGAUUAUGUUCAGUCUUAUAUAAUAUGUUCAAACACCAAAAAAGUAACUAAAAGAGUGGUGUAAAAUAUCAAACUAGUCAAUCAUAAAUAUUUAAAUAUUCCCUGUUACUGAAAUCUGUGCGACAGACAGUCCCCUAUGCAGAGUGAGCAUUGAA